CUUGAGACCAGUGUGGCAUUAAAUGACAAGUGACUUAAACCAAUGUCUGUGGACGCUCCAAAAGCGACCCCACCCGUUCAGACGGGUGACCAAUCCCCCCCCCCGGCCUGCGCGGGUAAAGGGGGCUGGACUCCGGCCCUGUAUUGUUUACGUCCGUAGUCAAAAGUAGGUCAUAGAAAGAGUGUGACAGCUAGCGGCGAGAAGACUCGGAUGUUUUUACAGAAACGAUUUUCUGGGCUGCAUCUCGACGGGCUUUAACAUUAAGUUACGUCUGUGCAGAGACUGAAAAGGACUCGGCGGACUGCUGGGCGACCUCUACAAAGCUGGUGUGGUGGCCUUUGGCUGGCAUGUCCAGACGCAGCAGGAACAGUCGGGCGUGGCGGUACGUGUGGAGUGGAAUUCAACGUGAUGCGGAUGCAAGAGCACUGGUGCUGGCCUCGGAGAGCGAAGAGUGGGGCUACGAUCGCCUACAGUACAGUGACUCUGACUCAGAAGCCGAGUAUUCUGCUAUCGUGCCAUCAGUACCCAGUGCAGUGCCAGUAACUGGAGAGUCAUACUGUGGCUGCGACUCACAGAUGGAACCCAGCUGCAACCCUCGUCUGCGCAGUUUCCCGCGCUUGCGGGACUGCCACUGUGGUGAGGAUGACCAGGAAUUUGACUGGGUGUGGGACGAGGGCAGUCGAUCAGCAGCCACACUGUUGAGCUGCGAGAACAGAAAGGUGAGCUUCCACUCGGAAUACAGCUGCGGGACAGCAGCCAUCCGCGGAUCCAAGGAACUCUCUGAGGGACAGCACUUCUGGGAGAUCAAAAUGACCUCUCCUGUGUACGGCACAGACAUGAUGGUAGGCAUUGGCACAUCAGAUGUGAAUCUGAACAAAUACAGACACACAUUCUGCAGCUUACUGGGUAAAGAUGAAGACAGCUGGGGCCUGUCAUAUACAGGGUUGCUACAUCAUAAUGGUGACAAGGUGAGCUUUUCUUCACGAUUUGGCCAAGGAUCAAUCAUAGGAGUUCACCUUGACACCUGGCAUGGAACUCUUACCUUCUUCAAAAACCGCAAAUGCAUUGGUGUAGCUGCCACAGAGCUGCAGAACAAGCGUGUGUAUCCCAUGGCAUGCUCCACAGCUGCCAAAAGCAGCAUGAAGGUGAUCCGCUCUGUCUCUGCCCCCACCUCGCUCCAGUACCUCUGCUGCUGGCGUCUCCGCAAGCUCCUCCCCUCUGGAGCCGACGCCCUUGGGGUUCUACCCCUACCACCUGGACUCAGGCACCUCCUGCACUCCAAACUCGGCUGGGUGCUAAGCUUGGACCACUCGCAUCCACGCACAAAUUCGAACGCUCACACGCCGCCUGGGCCCUCGUCAGGUAGCGACUCGGAAGGCUGUGCUUCUGACCCCGAGGCCUGCCAGAGGAAACGCUGCCGCUGGACCUGAGGCUCAGAUUCUCUGAUUAAAAACGCAUACAUGCACACACUCUCACUUAACACAUGGUCAAUCUAUCCCAUUGUACAAACUCAGUUAUUUUAUUUUGAUGCUAUCAGUUGAUGGAGCUCGCUGAAAAACAGACCUUUGAAAUAUUUUGCACAUCUCAUGUACCCAGUUUAACACAUACACUCUACUCUUGAACAUUAACCUCUGUGAAACUGUUGAAGUUGCAUUGUGGUGUGUGGAGAAUCAUCAGACAUGCAAAAUAGCACUUUGUUUAUGUGCAAGGGCAUGUAAAACUCACAAAUGUGUAUUAGGAUUGGAGAGUGAACAUACUUUCCUUUCCAUUUGACUCUUCUCCAGUACAUUGGGACAGACAAUAAUGCUACUCUAUCCCCUAUAAACUGUUUAAUAUGUCAUCUUGAUAUUCUCUUCAUCCACAACUCUCAGCACUGUGCCCAUACUGUUUGUAGAGCAUCAGAGCUUGAUGGGUAAAAUGGAUACUAAAAUGGAGGGUAUUGGAUAGGUUGGUUUAGUUGUCCAUUCAGAAUGUGAUUCGUUAUCCAAGUUAGCUCACAAUGUGACUAGGUAGACUGCAAACCUCAUCAGCACACCAUCAGUGUUGAGUAAAUUGAGCCCACUUGAAUGGAACUGGUUCUCGAGAAAGGUGCUAAAUGUGACAAGUUUGUAACAACUAUAGCAAUUGUCUUGGUUAUGUGACUAUGUCAUAGUAUACAUGGCUGUAUUUUAAAUGUUUUUGCCAUGUGUUGGCAUCAACAAUAAACACCUGGACCAGAGCAAAUAACCCUAAAAAUGCAAAGCCAGCCGUCUUUGACCCAUUUAGUGCUAAAUGUUUACCAAAUGCCAUCAAAGACUUGGUGGUCUCUGGUAAGUUCUGUCUUUUUCUAAUUGUUUGUACUGUUCCACAUUUAAUGAGAGCUUUUAAAAUAGUUAUUAUGCUUUAAUCAUCUUAAUCUCCAUUAUUAUGGGUGUGUUCUUUGGCUUGGUGGUGGGAGAUGGAGGUCACACAGGUUAGGAUUAAAGAUGUUCAGUGUUUUUUGUUCACCAGUGUAGUAUUGCUGUUCCACAAAUGUCCCUGGUAAUUGUGUACUAAUGUGUGAAACAUUAGCACCUGCAUGAACAUAAGUUAUAGGAACUGCAAUUUAAGCCUGUUCUUGCCCCAACUUUCUCUUCUCUAGGUUAGAGACUGGUGCUCUGCGCAAUAUGUUCUCUCUAGAGCCACUCCUACCUUGAUACAAAGCAAAACCGCUUUUGGGAAUCUUUUGGAUAGUCUCACCCCGAAACCCAUUACUUGAGAGCAAACUCGCAGACCAACAAAUGGGCAGUGUCAAUGUCUGUGACAUGUUGUCACUUCUUUAUAUUCAGCUAGAAAAGCUGAUGUUCUUAAUUCAAAUCUGAUUUGAACAAUGUACCUGCCCCCUUUCUUAUAAGUAUACUCUUACGUCUCUCUAUGAGGGUCAUAUUUAACCAGUAUGGGGUCUAUGUGUGUAUAGGUUUUAUAAUUCACAAAAUCAAGUUCUUUUUGUUAUGCAUUAAAGCACUUUUCUGCUUCUUGUAUGUAUGUAGAACUACAUACAGAUCCUCUAUGCUGUGUUCUGUACAUAUUGUAUGUAAUAGUUUUUCUGUCAUCUGUCUCUCUUUGCUGUAUGUCAUGCAUGGCCUUUUAUUUGAAGUAUGAUUAAAGGAAUUGGAAGAAAAUCAUAUAUGCACAGAAAAAGAGACGAGAUGUAGGUUGCUGUUUUUUAACAAAAAAUAAAGGAUUAAAAAGCAACGCUA